CCGCUCCGCCUCGUCCGCGAAGACGGAAGCCUGGAGAGACCCGGAGAGGAUCGGCGGCGGCGGCGGCGGGAGAGGCGCUGCUCUGGCGGAGAUGGGGGACUCCAAAGUGAAGGUGGCCGUGCGGGUCCGGCCCAUGAACAGGAGGGAAAUAGAUCUGCAUACGAAGUGUGUGGUGGAUGUGGACGAAAACAAAGUCAUCCUUCAUCCUGUGAACACUAACCUUUCAAAGGGAGAUGCCAGGAGCCAGCCCAAGGUGUUUGCCUACGAUCACUGCUUCUGGUCUAUGGACGAAGCUGUCAAGGAAAAAUAUGCAGGCCAAGACGUUGUUUUCAAGUGCCUUGGAGAGAACAUUCUCCAGAAUGCUUUUGACGGCUACAACGCGUGCAUCUUUGCCUAUGGACAGACCGGGUCCGGAAAGUCUUAUACCAUGAUGGGCACAGCUGACCAGCCUGGACUAAUCCCUCGCCUGUGCAGCACACUCUUCGAAAGAGCCCAGAAAGAGGAGAACGAAGAGCAGAGUUUCAAAGUGGAGGUUUCCUACAUGGAGAUUUACAACGAGAAAGUCCGAGACCUGCUGGACCCAAAGGGGAGUCGACAGUCGUUGAAAGUCAGAGAGCACAGCGUUUAUGGACCUUACGUGGAUGGGCUUUCCAAACUGGCUGUUGCCUGUUACAAGGACAUAGAGUCUCUGAUGUCCGAAGGCAACAAAUCUCGGACGGUCGCCGCCACCAACAUGAACGAAGAGAGCAGCCGAUCCCACGCCGUCUUCAAGAUUAUCCUCACGCACACAUUGUACGAUGCAAAGUCGGGGACGUCUGGCGAGAAGGUGGGAAAGCUGAGCCUAGUCGACCUGGCGGGCAGCGAAAGAGCCACGAAGACCGGGGCUGCGGGUGACCGGCUGAAGGAAGGAAGCAACAUCAACAAGUCCCUCACGACUCUCGGGUUGGUCAUUUCUGCCCUCGCGGAUCAGGCCGCCGGGAAAAAUAAGAACAAGUUUGUCCCCUACCGCGACUCGGUGCUCACCUGGCUCCUCAAAGACAGCCUCGGCGGCAACAGCAAAACCGCUAUGGUCGCUACAGUGAGCCCUGCGGCCGAUAAUUACGACGAGACCCUUUCCACCUUGCGGUACGCCGACCGGGCCAAGAACAUCGUCAACCACGCCGUGGUGAAUGAAGACCCCAACGCCCGGAUCAUCCGGGAACUGCGGGAGGAAGUGGAGAAACUCAGGGAGCAGCUCACCAAAGCAGAGGCUAUGAAGUCCCCAGAACUGAAAGACCGCUUGGAGGAGUCUGAGAAGCUUAUCCAGGAGAUGACUGUGACCUGGGAGGAGAAACUGAGGAAAACAGAGGAGAUUGCACAGGAGCGGCAGAAGCAGCUCGAAAGCCUCGGCAUCUCUCUCCAGUCUUCUGGGAUCAAGGUUGGCGAUAACAAGUGCUUCCUGGUGAAUCUGAAUGCGGAUCCCGCUCUCAACGAGCUCCUGGUCUACUACUUAAAGGAGCACACAUUGAUUGGGUCAGAUAACUCCCAAGACAUCCAGCUUUGUGGGAUGGGAAUUCUGCCUGAGCACUGUAUAAUUGACAUCACCUUGGACGGCCAGGUUAUGCUGACACCCCAGAAGAAUACUAGGACCUUCGUCAAUGGCACGGCUGUGACGGGCCCCACACAGCUGCACCAUGGAGACAGGAUUCUGUGGGGAAACAAUCAUUUUUUCAGGCUGAAUUUGCCGAAAAAGAAAAAGAAGUCAGAAGCCGAGGACGACGACAAAGACAAUUCGAUGAAAGGAAGCAACAGUUCAGAGCAGCUGGAUUUGGACGGGGACAGCUCCAGCGAGGUUUCCAGCGAGAUUAACUUCAGCUACGAAUAUGCGCAGAUGGAGGUCACCAUGAAAGCUCUGGGUGGCAACGAUCCCAUGCAGUCGGUUUUGCAAAGCCUGGAGCAGCAGCACGAGGAGGAGAAGCGGACCGCGCUCGAGCGGCAGAGGCUGAUGUACGAGCACGAGCUGGAGCAGCUCCGGAGGCGCCUGUCCCCCGAAAAGCAGCACUUCCGCACAAUGGACAGGUUCUCCUGGCACUCUCCCAAUGCUCAGCAGCGCCUUCGGCAGUGGGCGGAAGAGAGGGAAGAGAUGCUGACCCACAGCCUCAGGAAGCUGAGGGAGCAGAUUAUGAAGGCCAACUUGUACGUGAGAGAAGCCAGCUUCAUCGCCGAAGAGAUGGACAAACGGACGGAAUACAAGGUCACCCUGCAGAUCCCAGCCUCCAGCCUUAAUGCAAACAGAAAGCGAGGUGCCGUCCUUAGUGAGCCGGCCAUCCAAGUGCGGAGGAAAGGGAAAGGCAAGCAGAUCUGGUCCUUGGAGAAGCUGGAGAAUCGGCUGGUCGACAUGAGGGACCUCUAUCAAGAAUGGAAGGACUGUGAGGAAGACAACUUGGUCAUGAGGUCAUACUUCAGGCGAGCGGAUCCGUUCUACGACGAGCAGGAGAACCACAGCCUCAUCGGCGUGGCGAACGUCUUCCUCGAGUCCCUCUUCUACGAUGUGAAACUGCAGUACGCUGUGCCCAUCAUCAAUCAGAAAGGAGAGGUGGCCGGACGCCUCCACGUCGAAGUUGUGCGGGUGAGCGGUGAGAUUGGGGAGCGCAUUGCAGGAGGUGAAGACAGCAUGGAAGGGUUCGGCGAGAACGACCUGCAGGAACACAAGUUGGCAUGCAUGAUCAAAAUCCUUCAGGCUACCGGCUUGCCGCAGCACCUCUCCAACUUCGUCUUCUGCAAAUAUUCCUUCUGGGAUCAGCUGGAACCCGUGACAGUGGCCCCAGAAGUGGACCCCUCUCUAUCUCCCAUCAGCAAGGAGCCACGGGGCAUGGUGGUCUUCGAUCACUGCAAUGAAUUCUCCGUCAACAUCACUGAAGAUUUCAUGGAGUACCUUUCUGACGGUGCUUUGGCCAUCGAAGUUUAUGGGCACAAGGUGUGCGACCCCCGCAAAAACCCGGCGCUGUGGGAUUUGGGGAUCAUCCAGGCCAAAACGCGAAGCCUCCGAGACAGGUGGAGCGAAGUCACCCGCAAAGUGGAGCUGUGGGUUCAGAUUCUGGAGCUUAAUGAGAAUGGAGAAUACUGCCCAGUAGAGGUGAUUCCGGCAAAAGAUGUACACACAGGUGGCAUCUUUCAACUCAGGCAGGGCCAGUCGCACCGAAUUCAAGUGGAAGUGAAGUCCGUGCAAGAGUCGGGCACGUUGCCUCUGAUGGAAGAAUCCAUCCUCUCAGUCGGGGUGGGCUGCGUUCAGAUCAAGCACGCCAGGUCUCCGAAAGGCCACGAGAUGCAUCAGGAAGAAGAUGACGACAUGGACAGCUACCAGGACAGAGACCUGGAGAGGCUACGUCGGAAAUGGCUGAACACGCUCACAAAACGCCAGGAGUAUUUAGAUCAGCAGCUGCAGAAACUGGUUGGGAAGCCUGACAAAACAGAAGACGACACGGACCGGGAAGCCCAACUGCUGGAGAUGAGGCUGACCUUAACGGAAGAAAGGAACGCUGUCUUGGUGCCUUCUGCAGGGAGCGGAAUUCCUGGCGCGCCCGCUGAGUGGACCCCUGUGCCAGGUAUGGAGACGCACAUCCCGGUCAUCUUCCUUGAUUUAAACGCGGAUGACUUCAGCUCUCAGGAUAACCUCGACGAGCCAGAAGCUGGCGGCUGGGAUGCCACCCUGGUUGCCGAAGACGAAGACGAAUUCUUCGAGCUGCAGAUUGUGAAGCACCACGAGAGCGAGGUGAAGGCUGAAGCUUCUUGGGACUCCACCGUCCACAACUGUGCACAGCUCAGCAGAGGAACAGCCCCCGAGCAGAGGGUUUUCCUGAUCGUCCGAGUGACGGUACAGCUCAGCCACCCGGCCGAGAUGCAGCUGGUCCUCCGCAAGCGGAUUUGCGUCAGCGUCUACGGCAAGCAGGGUUUUGCUCAGAGUUUCCUGAGAAGAAUGUCUUACCGGAGUUCCGUUCCUGGUUGCGGAGUCACCUUUGAAAUCGUCUCAAAUAUCCCAGAGGAUGCCCAGGGGGCAGAGGAGAGGGAGGCCCUGGCGAGAAUGGCCGCCAAUGUUGAGAACGCAGCUUCAGCUGAUUCGGAAGCCCGGAUAGAGAAGUACCUUCGGAGUGUCCUGGCCGUUGAGAACAUCCUUACUUUGGACCGGGUUCGUCAGGAGGUUGCAGUGAAGGAACAGCUAACAGGCAAAGGAAAGCUCUACCGAAAGAGCCUCAGCUCGCCCAACGUCAACCGACUCUCCGGAAGCCGCCAGGAUCUGAACCCGCCAUACAACCUCGCAACUUACAAAUAUCCAAAGGUCCAGGCAGAGAGUCGUUGGGAAAGCCAGCAAGACGUAUCACAAAAUUCAGUGCAUUCCAACAGGUCCAGGUCAAGCCUCUCGAACUCUCCACAUCAGAACGGUUCUGUAGACCCAGGACUUAGUAGCCUGGCAGCAUCCUACUUGAAUCCUGUGAAGUCCUUCGUGCCUCAGAUGCCAAAGCUGCUUAAAUCCCUGUUUCCUGUACGGGAUGAGAAAAAGGGCCGGCAACUGUCCCCCCUGGCGCAACAGCCAGUCCCGAGAAUUAUGGUUCAGUCCGCCAGCGUCGAUGCCACCGCAGCAAAAGUGAAGCAGGUCUCCCAAGGGGAAGGCAGUGCCAAGGAGCCCUUCGAGGUGGCCGCACAGUUGACGGAGCCGGAGCAGACCCCCGAAAGGCCCCCCAAAGUGCCUCCGCAGCCGCCCACGGCCGACAUACAGGCGCAGGACUCCCAGGACGGUCCGCCGAGCCCCCUGAGCGAGGCGUCCAGCGGCUAUUUCUCCCACAGCGUUUCCACGGCCACCCUUUCCGAGGCGCUCGCACCGGGGAACGACACCCAGCUCCCGGCCAGCGGGCAAACGCCCACCACGAGCGACACGAUGCAGCCCGCUCCGGCUGGCCAGGCGGGGGCCGCCAUGGAUGCGCUUGUGAAACCGUGUCCCACUUCCUCUCCUGAGCCUUGCUUUCCUCCUCUAGCAAGAGAUGACCUGGUCACCCCCGGCCUUAACAAAACAGAUCAGGCAAGAACUAAGGGUGGCGGAGACCGAGGGCACAGCGACAGCACCUUGAAGCAAAAGCCCAUGGCCUCUUCCGCAGCUCCGAGCGAGGACAGCCCUCCUUCUUCCUCCCCGUCAAAGAACGACUCGCACGCGACACAGCAGCCUAGUGCUUCCCCAGCUCGGAGCCCCCCUUUGGCAACCAAAUCUCUCCCCGACGCAGGGCUUUCCAGGUCUCCGGUUCCUGCCGAGCCACCGCCUCAGCCCGGCAUCGUGAGCUCCCCCUUCAAAAUCCAGAGAGUCCGGACGUCGGAGCUGAGGUCCUUCUCCAGCAUGCUGGGAGGAGAGCCGGGGGGGUUCUCGAGUUCCGAGGAGGCGGGAGAGGAGAGAGAUGGGCAGAGCCUGCAAAGCCCUGGCCAGAACAACGGCACAGCGGCCAGCGCCUCCGAGGAGAAGCCGGACGCCGCGUCCGACUCGGAAGAAACCAACGAGGUCCCGGACUGGCUGAAGGAGGGCGAAUACGUGACCGUUGGUACGAAUAAGACCGGGACCGUGAGAUAUGUCGGGCCGACCGACUUCCAGGAGGGCACCUGGGUAGGAGUUGAGUUGGAUAUGCCGUCAGGCAAGAAUGACGGCUCGAUCGGAGGGCGGCAAUACUUCAAGUGCAAUCCAGGCUAUGGGCUCCUUGUGAAGCCGAGCCGGGUCAAGAAAGCCACGGGGCCGGCCAGGCGACGCAGCGCAGGAACGAGACUGCAGGGUGGGGGGACAACCCCCGAGCAGCGCAAGAGCGGCUCCUUCUCGGGCUCUGCCUCCAACCUCGCUUCCCUGACCGCCUUGGCCAAAGCAGAAAAGACCCCCAAGAACACAGAGAAUCGGAAGUCGUGGGCCAACUGAGCGGGGCACCGGCCAGACACUGCCUUGCGAGAAUCUGACACUUCCUUGGAAGCAGCCUUACUUUGCACAACUAGACAAAGCCAGCGGAGGCAGUCGGGGCCUUGCAGGGCCCGGGGGUGUGUGUGCAUUCGUUCUUUCCUUGGGUCGUCGGUUGAAUUCUUGCCAUGAAGGGGUAUCGACCUGCUACUCCUGAUGCAAAUGGUGACCCUUUUCCACCCCUCUCUUCACCCCCUGCCCCGCCCCAGGCCAGGUGAGGUUAAAAAAAAAAAAGCCAUCCACGGUCGUGACUGCACAGAUUUCCAGCCCUCCUGCAAGAGGCAAUGUUCACGGAGCCUCUUUUUAAGGAAAGGCGCUGUUGCUCGGGGCCUCGUCCUUAAACCACUGGAAAGAGAAGAAGAGACUUGUGUGUCCUGGCGGAUGGCGGCUUCAGAGAAAGAGCGCCUGCCUUGAGUAUUACUCUCUGGUCUUUUUGCCACUCUUGCCGGCAUCACUGGGAAGGUAUCGCCCCCUCGCUGCACUGGGACGAGGCUUUUUGGGGGCUGGCCAGUUGGGUGGUGGGUUGUCGUCCCCCCCCCCAAAAAAAAAUGCCUGAAUCUUUAAAAGCAAAGACACCUUGCAUCUAGCUGACGACGCUGCUCUAGUGCUUUUUCUAUUUAAAGGAGAAAAAGAGACUGCAGGGAGGUCCGCUUUUCUCGUGAGGUCCUGCUUGGGUUUUUUAGAAUUUAUUAUUUCAGCAUGCCCUCUGGUGCUACUGUAUUUAUGAAACCAGUUCCCAGUACGGUUGGUUAAAAGUUUGGUCCACCAUGCCUUGGGGGGGGCUUCCUCCUUUGCGGUUUAAUCCGUGUGUAAAGCAGAUUUGUCCCCCUUCUCUUCCCCCCCCCCCAAAAAAAAUUCUAUGGUAUUUAUUUCUUAUUUAUUGCUAAAAGAAUGAGAGCACAGCCCUUGCGAUUUGCAAUCAGCACACCGCUUGCCAGCUUGUUGCACCGGCCUCUUUGCACUGCUCCGCGCAGGUUCCCUUCAGCUGGUCUCCUUCCCGUUGAAGAAUUGAAACGUCUCUCCAGAUUUUAAGCUGGCAAUCGGACUGAUGUGUGUAGUUAAUGCAGCUGCAUUGAGCCCAGAACAGAAGCACUUUGUGGCUCGCUCAGCUCAAUGCAGCCCCCCCCCCCGAGCUACAGAUGGAGGCUGGGAAAUUUUCACAGAUUCCCAGCGGCCUAGAACACCGCCCCCCCUUAGUCGGCCACUGCAUUGCUCUUGCCUGUUUUAUGCUUUCCCAUCGAAGGCGGCAGGACACUAGCAAUGGCCUGCUAAAACUCAGAGCUGAUUUCCUGUUGCCUGGCGCAGUCGCAGGGGGCCCCCCUCACACACACCCGUUCUGCAAGAGCAUCUCCUGCAAGCACGCGUGGCGUUAAUCUUGCGAGUGGACCUCUUGGGACGACUUGCUCCUCGUCGAGCCUUCAUUUCUGCUUUGAACCCCUUUCUGGGAUUUCCCGUGGGCAAACGCCAUUGCACUCUGGCUCUCUCGCUAUCUUUUGGCUUGCCGAAGGAGAGACCAGGAGCCUCGGCCCGGCUGUGGAUAUAUGUGAGUUCUGUUGGCGACUUUUUCUCGCAGCCUCCCCGUUCUUCCUCUCUCCUUCCUGUGCGGUUGCGCAGCCAAGUUGUGCCUUGAUCAUCCAGCUGGAAGGAAAAGCCCUUUGCGGAAGGGUGUCCGGACGAUUAGGAAGGAAGGGCAGAGUGCUUUGCAUGCCGAAGGCCGCAGGUUCAAUCGGCAGCGGCAUCCCCUGCGACAGACUCCCUUCCUGACCCCCUGGAGAGCUGCUGCCAGUCAGUGUAGACAAUACUGAAUCCGAUGGACCAACAGCCUGACUUGGCAGAAAGCAGGUUCCUGUAUCUCUUACGCAGGAGGUUCCGCUGCUGACUGGACUCUCAUUUGGCCUUGGAAGGAGCACAAAUGUGAUGUUUGAAUAAGAAGCCAUAUGGGUCAGGAAAUGGUCGGCUGGGGAAGACUGGGGGGGGGGAGAGGGGCAGACAGGCACCAAGCGGAGAACUGGCAGACUUGACUUGGCAUGAUAGAACAGUAGAGUUGGCCGGGACCCUAAGGGUUCCUCUAGUCUGACCCCCGCAAUCACAGCUAACUGGGGGUACUCUUCUCCAGGCAGAAAAGGAAGACUAAGCGCAUGGUCUUUUCAGUGAUGCAUGCACCACUACAAUGGGCAAAGGGGACUGGGGAUAAAUUGAGUACUACAGAGAAAGGACCCUUUCAGUCCUCUCGAAACAUUCUGCAGAUCAAGAAAACCCAGAGGCUUUAGAUGCGUAAGAGACGGUGGCAGCGCAGAAGGGGGGGGGUCUUUGGAGCAAGCCGAGCUCCAGGACUGAGGGGGCUGGGUUAUAAAAACAGCUGGCUCCCUAUGCCCCCACCCCGCUGGGAAUUUUAAUAAAGCACACUUGGGUGGGUUAGGAAGAUAUUUCACCGUUGCGUCUCUUAAGCGCCUCCUCGCGGCUUUCUAACUGGAGGAGAAAUGCUCAACACAGGCUACAGUUGUCUCCCAGCACAGCUUAAGAGAAAUGAAAUGAGCCCCAGAAUCUAGGUGUUUUAAUAUCCAGCCAGAGUUUUACUGAAAAAGAAAAAGGAAAUUUUAUAUAAAGUUCUGUGGGGGAAUCCUUCAAACCUAUCAGUCCUGAUCCAUACAGAAUUAAGCCCACCUGAGUCCCGUUGAAAUUGAUUAGGCUGGGUUUUGUGACUCCAUGAGGGCUAGUAGCUUGUCUGUUAAGUGGAGGUUUCUAGGAUUCCACGUUGGGUUCCUACACCCUGCAGUCUCAGCAGAGUCCUCUCUCAGGGCUGCUGUGCUGAACAACACAAGUGGCAACAGUUUUCCGACCGUGGCGAUGGGCAUCCUUAACGAAUUACCAUUACCUUCCUUAUUUCCGGCAUGUGUGAGCAAUCCCAGGUGAGCUGAGGCUUGCUUGGCAGGUAAGCCUGCCGUGCUCACUGCCAUCGGGGCCCCUGGGUUUUGCCAGAAUUUUUCAUGCACUUUACAAAGGGGAAAGGGCGCUGGUUGGGCAAGUUGUGUUGGCAGCCCAUGAGCCAGAGAACGCCUUUGAGGCCAGCCUUUGCCAAUCUAAUGCCCUCCAGUUCUUUAGGGCUACAGCAGCCUCCAUCAGUCCCAGCCAGUUCAGAGGGCGCCAGGUUGGCGAAGGCCUCUUGAAGCCUUUGCAGUUCUCUGAUUCGGGGGCAGCCUCCCUCUCCCCCCAGUGCUUUGACACUUUCUCCCUUUUAUAUUUAAUUCAUUGUCCGAGCUAAAGAGCCCUUUGCGUAAAGAAAAGCUUUCAAGUAUGAUUGGGAACAGGACUCGAGACAGUGAAAUAAAAUGGUUUGUUGCAAUUAAAAGCCCUGCUGUGGGUACUUGUGCGGUUUUCUGGAUCAUGCCCCCCGUCUUUUCAACAAGAUGUAACGUCUUUUCCUUUCAUCUUGAAUUAACUAUUGUUGUUUUUUAAAAAUAAAAUUAAAAAACCCCUCCAGGUCUGCUUUUUCCAACAACUUGCGGCAGCUCUUAAGCCAGAAUGCUGCUGGAAAGUUGUUUUUCCACGUUAACAAGGAAACGCAAGCUUGCACCAGCCGUUGAGACUCCCCAUGUAAUUUGACGUGGAACGGACUUUGAAAGAGAGGAGCUCCUAGGAGCUCCACCUCCAAAAAUAACCUUUUUCUUUUUUAAAAAUCAUGGAGCAAAGGGUUUCUACAGUACGUUCAAUGGGUCCACCGUAGAAUUCUCCAUCGCUAAGACUUUGAAGUUCAAAUACUUUUUUUAAGAAGUGCAGUUCCUUGGGUUUGCAGCUGUGUGUACACUUUGCUUGCAUCGAAAGCUUUUAUAUAGUUGAAUUGGAGGUGCUGAACACAUGGGACACCCUCUGCCCCAGUGGCUCGUACUGCCGGCUUCCUUUUAACCAAGCCGCAAUUCCUUCUACUGUGCCUUAUCGAUUUGACAGCUGGCUUGCCCACUAAACCAGGGAUUGGGGACCUCUGACCCUCCAAAUGGGAUUCCUAACCCCCACCAGCCUCAGCCUGGCCCCUGGGCUCCCCAGUCCUGCUCUUAAGACAAUAGCAGGCGCUCCCAGGUCUGUAGGGUCAACGAUUUGGCUGGAGAGAUGGCUGCAGAGGAAUCGUCGUCAUCUUGAAAGGUGGAAGGUUUUCUUUAGCACCACUUUCCAGCUGGGGCAGUCCAUCGGCACCAGCUCCAUUAGCAGGCUGCGUCCCAGUAGAGUCGCAGAAUUGUGGAGUCGGAAGAGGAACCCAGAGGUCAUCUAGCCCAACCCCCUGCGAUGCAGCCCUGCCUUUCUUCAGCCAGCUCUGCCACGGCCGUGUCUUGUUCCAGCAUCUCUGAAAGAGCUCCCCAGUUUCCCCAGGGCUGGCGAUGCCAGCAACCUGCCACAUUUUGUGUGUGUGCGUAGUAGGCGCCAGGUAUAGAAUGGUAGCUGCCAAGGAGGCAACACCCAGUGGGAAUUUUACCUGGCAAGAGUCACAGGCAGACAUUUGGGUGAUCUGAUUCAACCCUCAAAUUCAUCCCAAGUCUGCAUGAUUGGGAAACUGGCCUGAUCCUUCCUCCCCCACUGCAGGCACACAUAAACACUACACAUCAGCACAAGAGGCGUUUGCCAAGGCGGCAACCUUGACUCUGUGCAGAAUGCGCCCCCACGCGGUCAUGAUUCGAGGGUCACUAACUUUCUCUCCCUUCUUCAGGAGGGGAGCGGGCUUUCAGAGUUAACUACUUUCCGUUGAUUUGUGUCGUGAUCUUUACUUCUUUGUAAAUGUAGGGAGACUGUAUAUAAAGGACGGGUGUUUAGCUGGUUUUGGAAGUGUUUGUUGGUUGUACCUUUUUAAAAUGCGCUAAAAAUCCAAAGAUAAACUGUAAUGAAGUGUAAAGUUUUUAAUGCUCUCUUGUAUCAUACUAAACUUGUAAUAUUGUACCAUACCUGUGACAUGGUGUACGUUACCUAAAAUAAAACCACCUCCUUUACGUUA